CGGACAGCUUUGCUCCACCAGUUUCUGCACUGUGCCGGCCUGGAGAGGAGUAAGAGAGCGGAAAGAGGAGAGAGAAGAGUGGAUUUGGUGAACCGAGGAGAGACAGACAGGGGAGAGGGACCAUGGCUGCUCUCUCCGACUUGUUGAAGACCUGGGUUAUUCUGCAGACCUUGUGCCUGGCUCUGGCCCAAGUGAGGGGUCCACCUGGACCUCAGGGCCAGUCCGGCCCACCAGGCCCCUCCGGUACCCCCGGGUCAGACGGCAUUGAUGGAGAAAAAGGACCUCCUGGGCCCCCCGGUCCCCCAGGUCAAAAGGGAGAUUCAGGAGAGCCAGGUCCCAAUGGAGUACCAGGAGAGAACGGCAUUGAUGGUCUGAUUGGAGCAAAAGGGGAUAGAGGUCCUUUUGGAAACCCUGGCCAGAAGGGUCAACCUGGACCCACUGGGGAACCUGGUCUUCCUGGACCCGGCCUUCCAGGACUGGCUGGCGCUCCAGGGCCGAUCGGUCUUCCAGGUGAAAUUGGAGUAACGGGACCAAAGGGUGUCAUGGGAUCAUCUGGAGCUUCAGGACUUCCUGGACCUCCUGGCAAGCCAGGGCCUCCAGGGAAGUUCAUCGGUGGAGAGGAGGGAAGUGCAGACUUCCAGUGCCCUCUUAACUGUCCGGCUGGACCUAAAGGCCCCCAGGGACUGCAGGGAGUCAAGGGACACAAAGGACGUGCCGGAAUUCUCGGAGAGCCUGGCAGCAUUGGAAAAUCGGGUCCCAGGGGAGAAAUUGGCAUCUCUGGGGAGCAGGGCAUUCCAGGACCUCCGGGUCCGAUGGGUCUGAGAGGUUACCCAGGAAUGAUGGGUCCUAAAGGGGAAGCCGGGCCCAGCGGCUACAAGGGAAUCAACGGACCUGUAGGAAUCCCCGGGCCUCCUGGUGAGGAAGGACCCAAGGGACCACCUGGAGAGGCAGGUGACAAGGGAGACAAGGGCAGCCGAGGUAUCCAAGGCCCACAGGGCGCGGUAGGCAAGAAGGGAGAGAAUGGUCUGCCGGGCAUUGACGGAAAGGACGGCACACCUGGUAUUCCUGGAAUCAAGGGCGGCCCGGGCCUGGCUGGGAUGCCUGGCGCUCCCGGUCCUCAGGGGCAUGCGGGAUUACCCGGCAGCCCAGGGACAAAAGGUGGACCCGGAGCUAAUGGCGAGCCUGGACCUCGGGGUCACGUUGGCAUGCAAGGCGCCUCGGGACCUCUGGGUGAGCCUGGUGUUCCUGGCGAGGCCGGUAUGGAAGGCGUUCCCGGACCUAAGGGCGACAGAGGCCAGCGGGGAGCAGUGGGUCCACAGGGAGUAGUCGGCAAGCCUGGAAGCAAAGGAGAGAGAGGACCAAUGGGUAUUCCCGGUGCUCAGGGUCUCGGUGGAACCAAGGGAGACAAGGGUUUCCAAGGAAAAGUCGGGUCAAAGGGAGAUGAUGGUGACCCCGGUGUUGAAGGAUUGGCUGGCGAGAAAGGUGAAAAGGGUAUGUCUGGUGAACCCGGGCCCAAAGGACAGCAAGGAAUCAGGGGUGACACGGGACACAAUGGACCCACUGGAGACUCCGGUAAACCUGGAGACCUAGGGCCCUCAGGACUGCCUGGCCCCAGGGGAUUGAACGGAGAGCGCGGAGUACCCGGCAUGUCCGGCAUUUCAGGGCCACCGGGACGCGAUGCAUCUGACCAGCAUAUCAUCGAGGUGGUGCUGAAGAUGUUGCAGGAGAGGCUAGCUGCUGUUGCGGUGAGCGCCAAGAGGGCGGUGCUGGGUGGAGCAGGUGUGAUGGGACCUCCUGGGCCCCCUGGACCUCCUGGAUCACCUGGUUCUCAGGGCCCACAUGGCUCACCCGGAUCCCGUGGCAUUCCAGGCAUGAUUGGAGGGCCUGGACAGGUCGGAAACACCGGACUCAAAGGAAAGAGAGGAGCUAAGGGAGACAGAGGAGAUCCUGGUAAACCCCAUCCAGGAGCCCCAGGACCCCCAGGAAUACCAGGUCCUCCUGGUGUUGAUGGUGUGGCUCGGGACGGUAGGCACGGCGAGAGAGGACCCCAGGGAUCAGCCGGAGAGGCCGGUUACCCCGGUAAGGCGGGUCAUCCGGGUCUCCUAGGCUACUGCGAGGCGGCCAUGUGCCUCGCUGCAUCGGCGUACACCUCCCCGAGACUACAGGAGGCCGGCCGAAUCAAAGGACCCAAUAUUUAGAGACCUGCCUCUCCAUCAGCAGCUCAACACCUGGGAGAGAGGGGGCGGAACAAAGAGAGGGAGGGAGACCACAACACCGAGGACAACAUCGAGGACAUAAAUAAAAAAGUGACUGGAUGUAUAGCCCCCCCCCCCCCCCCCCAGCAGAAGUUUUUGAAUGGCGGGACAUACUAUGAUCUUAAUCCCCCCCUCCCCCCCACAUCACCAUGACAACAGCAGCUCACAGUCACCCACAGUGGAAGAAGUCAGUGUCAGUCCCCUCCGAACAUCCCAGCCCUGAAGAGGGACAGAUCUAAAACCAGGCGUGGUGAAAGGUGCUUCUGUUUCACCGUGGUCACUUUAAAUGUUUUAACUCAUGCAAUAUUUUAUUUUUGAGACUUGUUUUGAAGUUUAGCUGCGCUGCCUCUUUUGCGACAUCCCACCUGAUGCCUUAAAGUGUAAAAAAAAAAAAAGGACCAAUAAAUGAUUGAACUCGACCCUCCUUUCUGUACUGUAUUGUAAAAUGCUUUCUCAUCUGUAAGCCAAAUCCUUAAAUCACCUCGUGUACAUUCCCCCCCAACCCCAACCCCGCUUUCGUUUCCGGAGUCUCAUUUUUAGAAACUAACGACUAGCUUGAUCUCGUCCUCUUGUUGCCUGGCAACAGAAUAUCCCGAUGGACACUCCCAUCUCCCACAAUGCAGUGCUGUAAAUCUUUGUAAAUGUGUGUUGAUUAUAAUGUAGGGGAAGAAGGAAUGGGUUACGAUAUGCACCAACAGAAAUGCUGUGUUAAUAAAUUCAGCGAGUAAUAAAAAGUUCCGACAGAUAUUUAACGACUUUUCCUCGAGACGAAUCCGCCGAAUGUGCUUCCUAUGCCACUGUCAGCCUGCACAGGGCGUCAGCUGUUUAAUGACUGAUUUACUUUUCAUCAACAGAAGCUAUUUAUUGUUCUUCGUAUAAUCAUCUGUAAAGAGGUUGUUUUCUGGCUGUUCAGUUUAACCCAAACCAAUAAAG